AUGUUUCCAUAUCAGGUCUCUCUGAGGGAAGAUGGAGACCAUUUCUGUGGUGGUUCCAUCAUCAGUUCCAGAUAUGUUCUGACUGCAGCUCACUGUGUCGAUGAUUAUGAUGAUCCAUCGAACGUCACCGUUCACGUUGGAACGAACCUUUUGAGUUCUAAGGGCGACACUUACCGAGUGGAGAAAUUUGCCUUUAAUGAAAAAUUUGGCACGAAAAGCGCUCUCUACGAUAUAGCUAUGAUUCGCGUCGACAGAGAGAUUGUCUUCAAUGAUUUAGUACGACCGAUUCCAUUGGCAGCAGGGAAUAAUACUUAUGAAGGAUCAGAAUGUGUUUUGUCUGGAUGGGGUGAUACUAAAGUUUGGGGACCUACUCCAGACAAACUGCAAUAUAUAAAUCUACGCAUUGUAACCCAAGCGAAGUGUAAAGAAGCACACAAUAAUGUGGACGGUACUCAUAUCUGCACUUACACCAAAUACGGCGAAGGAGCAUGCAGUGGUGACUCUGGUAGCCCUCUCGUUGUCAAUGGCGUGCAAGUUGGCAUUGUAUCAUUUGGAAUGCCUUGUGCUGUUGGUUACCCUGAUGUGUUCACUAGAGUGUCUUGUUUCGCGUCCUGGAUCAAGGAACAUUGGAUAUUUGUUUGCAACAUGCGGGCUGUAAGCGUCUCUCUUCUCUUUUGUAUUUUUACCAUCGCAUAUGGAUUCCCUGAGUCCCAAAUUGUUGGUGGCAAAGAUGCACCAGUCGGGAUGUUCCCAUAUCAGGUCUCUCUGAGGGAUGGUGGAGUCCAUUUCUGUGGUGGCUCCAUCAUCAGUUCCAGAUAUGUCCUGACUGCAGCUCACUGUGUCGAUGAUUAUUAUGAUCCAUCGAACGUCACCGUCCACGCUGGAACGAACCUUUUGAGUUCUAAGGGCGACACUUACCGGGCGGAGAAAAUUGUCUUGCAUGCCAAUUUUAGCCCGAAAUAUGCUCUCAACGAUAUAGCCAUGAUUCGAGUCGACAGAGAGUUUGUCUUCAAUGAUUUAGUGCGACCGAUUCCACUGGCGGCAGGCAACAAUACUUACGAAGGAUCAGAAUGUAUUUUGACUGGAUGGGGAUCUACUGAAUUUUGGGGACCUGAUCCAGACAUACUGCAAUAUAUACAUCUACGCAUUGAAACCCAAGAGAAAUGUAAAGCAUCAGAUAAGAAGGUGGGAAGCAGUCAUAUCUGCACUUAUACCAAAAAAGGCGAAGGAGCGUGCAAUGGUGACUCUGGUGGCCCUCUCGUUGUCAAUGGCGUGCAAGUUGGCAUUGUAUCCUUUGGAAUGCCUUGUGCUGUUGGUAUCCCUGAUGUGUAUACUAGAGUAUCUUGUUUCACGUCCUGGAUCAAGGAACAGCAAACUUACCUUCAGAUGAGCGAAACUGUACCACAACCAAAAGACGCCAUUUAUAUUGCCUAA